AGUCUUUAAAACUAUUGCCCAGAAUGUAUCCUAGAGUGAGAAGCAAGAGCAUACAGCCAUGCCCACUCGAUCUGUGGAAGAGCUUAGUCGAGACCCCUCACCUUGACAUGUGACGUCGCGUCGGAGCUAACGAGUUUAUCGAUAGCCAAAAUAUUUGCGACUUGCGCGAGUCACCACGCACCACCAUUCCACACGAUCCAAACAACAGCAAUGCCGCCAAAACCAAGAGGACGGGGAAGCACCCGCGCUCGCGGAAGUGGAAGAGGAGGAGCCGCAGCAGGACGAGCUACCACUGACACGAGUGAAUCCACGGAUGCGAUCCCGCAAAGCACAGCUCCCGCUGACGCCUCGGAAGCUCCCACUGAGCCCGUAGUACCAAAGCAAGAAGAUGGCGAUGCGAAGCCAGUCAUUAUUGGUCAAGGCCCAUUGGCGACUGCAGAGCCACAGGCUUCCGAGGCGCCUUCAGCGACUGUAUCUGCUGUCGCAUCACCUCAGCCUGACGCAGAACCAGCAGCUCGCGCUCCAGUACAAAGGCUCGGCAGUCUUCAAGGCUCUGUACCUCCUUCACGAUCAGCAUCACCGUCUGUACGCGGCCGCGGCGGUACAACUCGAGGCAAGAGGGGCGUCAAGACCCCCGCCUUCACAGGAAGAAGGAGCAAAGAAGAGCGAGACGCUAUUGCAAAAGAAUUGGCAGCUCGCGACCGAGAAAGGACAAAAGAGCAGGUUGCUGCGGACAAGAGAAGGGAAGCGGAGGCGGCAAAGGCAGCAAGGCGAGAGGCCAGCAAGCUGAAAAAUGCCAGAGGUGGUUUCAGUGGAGUCGCGAGUGGACCCUUCUCAUUAGGCAGCUCUAAAGAAGACAGGAAGAACAGCUCAAAUCGCGGCUUCUCUGGCUUCGGAUCUGGAUCUGGCUCUCGAGCAGAGCGCGUCAAGAACGAGGACGGCAGUUACGGAGGGUCUGGUUCCCGGUCAGGCGGAGGUGGAGGUGGAGGAAGCGGAGGAGGGUCAUCGAUCAAGAGAGAAGAUGGUGGGCUUGUGUCAUCUGAUGACGAAGACCUGGCCGACAUACCGCGUAGGGAUAUCGAUCUGAUCGAAAUCUCCUCAGACGAAGACGAGACUAAAGCGAAAAGUGCGCCUUCACAACGCGGGCCGCGAACAGCUUUACCCGUUCGCAUUGGCAGAAAAGAACACCAGGAGCGGACUAUCGGUAUCAACACAGAGGCAAGCUCGGAAACUUCAGCAAAAAUACUGGAACAAGCGGAAUCGAGCGGCCAGUCACCAAAAAAUGUUGCGUCUGAGCAAACAAGCCGGAAACCAAAGAACAAGUCAAAGGAUGUAGAAAUCACAGGUUCGCGGAAACAGUUCAAGGGCGUGUGGCACGACUCAGAAGACUCGGAUGUUGUUGUCAAAACCGAGCCUACGAGCGAAGACGAGAACAUGGUCGAUGCUGAGCAGGUAGGCCUGUCCGAUGCUCCUGCUCAGUCCUCAGAAAAACAAGAACCGUCGUCACCAAAUGCCGAGCGGAAGCCAAAACUUAAGAAGAAGAGUAUAGCAGAACCAGUGCUCCAGACUGACGAAGAUCGCGCCGAAUGGGCACGUUUUCAAUCGAACCUACGCCAUAUCCGAGCCGAGUUGGGUCCAGAGGAGAUACCACAAGUCGAUGGAUCCGGCGAUGUACCGAUGACAGACGCAGCUAACACAGAGAAGAAGCCUACAGUGCGAGAUAACAACGUCUAUCUGUUCCAAAUACCGCCCCUUAUGCCAGCAGUAGAGCCACCAUCCAUCAAGAAAGAAGCACCAGACCCUCAGUCUGCGUCCCUACCUACGCAGCCAUCAGCUAAAACGGAUUCAAAGAUCAAAGUCGAGGAAGGCAGCUUUUCCGAUCCCUCUGCUAGGCCCAAAGAAGGUGUUCGAUUUGGGAGUGGAUUGGUUGGAAAGUUGCGGGUACACGAAUCUGGCCGCACAACGCUGGACUGGGGCGGUACGAGCUACGAACUCACGCCUGGCAACAAGGCCAGUUUCCUACAGGAAGUUGCUAGCCUUAAUAUGCGCCCCGAGAAUGAGAGAGCUGCACCGGAGGACGCAGGUGAAGCAAUCAGUCUUGGUAGAGUGAAGGGCAAAUUCGUCGUGGUGCCAAACUGGGGCGAGAUGCUCGGCUGAGAUUGGGGUAGAAAUAGGCGUUCAUGACAUGCAUCUAUUGGCGCUAGACGGAUUAAUUUAGGUCCGUGGUUCAUAGUUGCAUAUUUCAAGAGCGGUCUUCAGGUCCGCUACCAAUGAACAACACGAGGACAAAGAUCGAAAUUCAUACAUUCAUGCAAAAGCUAGCGUUGUGAGUGUAGACCGCAUCUCGCUAAGUUUCACGCUUUGGUUCUUUCGCCUCGGCAAGACCAUUUAGGCAUGGAUACCCAAGUUCUAGACAAACAGAUGUGCUGUGGGGAUAACAGGGC